AAAAGAAUUUCAAUAUAAAAAAUCUACAGACUCUAUAGAGUUAGGCCGCCGGCUGCACCGCGUUAAUAUAAUUGUUCGUGGAAAACCUAAGCCCGGUCGCUCGAGGGACUUGAGGAGUCAAAAAAGGGAAAGAUGAAGAAAGGAAUUCACCCUCAGAUGCAAUGGAUAUCAUAUGUGACUCAAAGCGGCCGACUGAUGAAUGUGAUGAUGACCAAGAUUCACCAAGUCGGUAAAGUGUAUCACUUCCGGGCAAAGCGGCAGAUGGCUGAAAGCAUUGGACAGAUUGCCAAGACUACGACAAUGUUCACUGAGUUGGUUUCCGGUCUCCUUAUGUUAAACUUAGCACUUUUGUGGGUCUUCCUUAGCGUUUCCCUAUUUAGUCUCUGUAUCCGGAGGAAGGUCACCACUGGUAUGUUUUUAAUUUAGUGGAAUAUCUAUAUAUUUUUUAAACAAUAAAGGGUAUUUAUAAUUAUGAUAAAGUUUAGGAGAGUCCCAUGUAAUUUAUCCUAAAUUUAAAUACAUCAAGAAAGUAAAGUUAUCUCAUUUUCGAAUGAAAAAAGA